AUGCUUCCCCAAACCCACAAAGCCCUAAUCCUCACCUCAAUCGGCGAACCCUUACACGUCGCCACCAGCCACCCAACCCCAGAGCUCACUGCAGGCAGUGCAAUCAUCAAAGUCCUCUGCGCCGGCUUACUCUCUUAUUCACGCGAUAUCUACAAUGGCACUAGGAAAUACACUCUCCCGACACCCUCCAUCCCCGGCAGCGGCGCAAUCGGUCGGGUCGUCGCUUUGGGGGCAGACGCUACUUCUUUACGGGAGGGAGACUUGGUGCUAUGCGAUAUUUACUUGAGAGGCAGGGAUGACAGGGACGUUGGUGCGCUGAUGGGUGUUCAUGAUGGCCAUUCGGAGAGGGCGAAGAGGAUGGUUCAUGGGGAGCGGCGCGACUCGACCUACGCUGAAUACGUUAAACUUCCGCUCGAGAAUUGUUUUAGACUCAAUGAGGAAAAACUCUUGGGUCCUGCGAUGGUUUCUGCUGGUGGUGGUAGAACAGGGCUAGGGUAUUCGGUGGAAGAAUUACUCCAUCUCACAACCUUCGCCGUGCCCUACGGCGGUCUUCGUGACGUCGGGCUGGAUGUCUGUGAGACCGUACUCAUCGCGCCUGCAACGGGCAUGUUUGGCAGUGCCGCUGUCAAAGUUGCGCUCGCCAUGGGCGCGAAUGUGAUCGCCAUGGGACGAAACGGCAAGGCAUUGGAACAGCUCCAAUCGGACCACCUCAACACCACAGGGGGGACCGGAAAGGGUUGUCGGCUCGAAACAGUCCUCAUAACAAACAACAUCCAAGCCGAAACCGCGGCAAUCGCCAGUUUCGGCCUACCAGUUGAUGUGUAUUUCGAUAUUUCUCCUCCCUCGGCUUCAGAAUCCACUCAUCUUCGCAGCGGGAUUCUAUCGGUUAGACAUGGUGGUCGUGUGUCCCUCAUGGGCGGGAUUAAAGGCGAUGUCUCGGUGCCAUUGGGACACGUGAUGCACGCCAACAUGACCAUCAAGGGGAAAUGGAUGUACGAGCGCGACGAUAUUUUGAGGUUAAUCAAAAUGGCGGAAAGUGGGAGACUCAGAGUCGACGGCGGGAGUGUGAAGAAGUAUGCACUGGAGCAGUGGGAGGAAGCUUUUGAGGUUGCGGCGCGGGAAGCUGGACCGGGGAGACUCGUGGCAUUGGUUCCUGAAUCCUUCGAAUCUUAG